CCGGCCCGCGCGCGAGCGAGCGAGCGAGAGAGGCGUUCUCUCGUGCGGGUGGGUUGGGUUGGUUGGUGUCUCCGGCCAUCCCGUCCGGCCUGGGCCCUCCUCCCUGGGCUCUCGGGUUCCGGCCUCGCAUGUAUGCAUGUGUGUCUGUAAUGUAUGUGUGUGCGUGGAUGUGCGGGCACUGAAUGGGGAGCUCCGCGCUGGCUGCCGCCGCCGCCGCCGCCGCCGUUGCUGCAGCCAUGGAGAAAGGAGGCGGUGGUUGCGGGAGGGGGUGAUUGAGCGCCCCUUUCUUCCCUCUCCCACCCACCCCCCACAACCCCACCCCACCCUCAUGAGACUCUGCCUGGUCUGGCUGGGCUGCUACACCUUGUCUCUGUGGGUGCUGAGGAAGAGGAUGUGGUCUGGGCCUGCCAGGUACCUGAGGAGCCCUUUAUCCAGGUCUCUCUACAUGAAUAUGAUGGGCAGCCACAGCCAGCCAGCCCCGGGCAUCAAGGAAAACCACCAGGUAUGGACCCACCAGCAGGAGGAGCAGUACUUCUAAGCCCCCACCCCCCCACCCAAAAACCUUUUUGUGAGGGGGGAGGGGCGGCAGGAGGAAGAAGGGGGAGGGGUGUGUUUUGAAUGGGCCCCACAUCCAUCGCCUUUCCCCCCAAUAGGGAAGGAUUUCAGGGUUUGGGGUGUAGGGUAGCUUCUCUUUUAUAUUCAUCUCUCACUUCUUUUGGAAGCGUGUGAUUUGGGGUGAGAUAUAAUGCUGUUUGGGGGGGAGAGAAGAAGAAUAAAAAGCUCCUUGAGGAGAGUUAACCUCUGCCCCACUGAAUACACUCCAUUCCCCGCACAACACACACACACAAAAAGAGGAUUGGAAGAAUCUCUCCAUACUUGGCCUAAGAGACAGAGAGAGAGAGAAUAUGGACACAUCCGGGUGAGAGAUCAGGAGAAAGAUUUGUGUGUGUUGUGCUUUGUGCAUUUAGUCUGUGCACAAAAUAAAGGAAGGGAGGAAUAAAUCUCUUAUGGGACAGCCUUUGGUUGUCGGGGAGAUCAGCGAGCUUCUGCUAUUUCUGUGGGUAACAAGACUGGCUCCUUUGCCCCCCUUUGAGUGCAGGGCAGGAGUCUUCGGAAGAGCACAUGCUACUGGUGAAAGGUGGGGAUACAGGGGUGGGGGGAAGCAAAGCUGAAAAGUUGCAAGGAGGAGAUGAGGAUUUACUUGGACCGUGAUGGGACAGGGAACAGGAAACUUAACGUAGUAUAAUUGUUCUCUUCCUUUCUCUGCCUCAAUAUGUUCUGAAGUACAAACGGGUGAAUUUGUGCUGAAUGUGCAAAUAUAAAACAGCGGGGAGGAAACACAAUCUGUGUUCAAAAACAAUAGUUCUGGCCAUGAGGCAGCUUUGUGGCUUUUGUAAGUACUGUAUGAGCUAAGCAGGCAUGGGGAGUUGUUAGGGAAAACAAGGCACAACCCAAUUUUUGUAUGCUUGUACCUGUAUAGACAAGACUUCUGCACACACUUAGAGCUGAAAAUUCCAGCAGUGCUGAUUGCUGUGCUGUUGCAACUUCCGCUCUCUCAUCUUUGAUAUGUGAUAACGAUUCUCCUUUGUGCCCAUUGAUAUUAUGGGAUGGAUCAUUUAGCAGUCAAUCCCCAAAUGCUGCCCUUUAUUCAGAACUCACAAUAGGACUCCCAAAGUUUGUUUUCUUCUCCCAACUCCAAUACAUUUGUCAUCACUUUGUGUUCUUUUCCUUACCCUUGUGACCUGACGGACUGGAAACUCGUUUGCAAAACCUGUGUGCACCCAACCCAUCAAUCCAGUUUAUUGAACAUGACACCUGCCUAUCCAUAUUUCUGUCAUUGCUUCCUUCCAUCCUGACCAUAUAUUUAUUUAUAAAUAUAUUUUUAGCCUGACAUUCAUCACAUGAUCCCCAGGGCAUUUUACGACCCGAUUAAAAAUACAUCAGUUUGAAACAGUUAAGAGCAGAGAAAAACACAGUGCUAAAAUUCCAUGAAGAGUUCAGUCACAAAUUGCAUUAGUCAGCCUCCCAUAACACCUGGGUAAAUAAACUGGCCUUUGCAUGGCACUAAAAUGCCACAAGAUCAGCACUAGACAUGCUUCCAGGGGAGAGAUGUUCCAUGGAGUUCCACCACAGAGAAGGCCUCACUCCAUGACAACACCUGUCAAUCUUUCUCCUCUCAGCGUUUUUUCAUCUGAACAAUCACAGAUCUAGCCACUGAAGUUAUCUCCCCACCUAUGCCUGCCUCUUAUUCCCAUCUCUAAUAAGGCCCUCACGUUUCCUUCCUUCCCCAAGGACAAAUGUUCUGCUUUGAAUUGAUGCAUGUGGCCUCACCCAUCUCUUUCCACUGCUAGCAAAGUGCAGCGCAGUGAUACUGAAUAAUGUUGCAGUUUGACCUCUAAAACAGAAAAUGUGAACUUGCAUAGUGAGGUUGAAAUACUCUGAAAUGUAUGCAAAGAGAACAGGAAUCAGUGAAGCAACAAGAUUAAAGGAGCUGUGGAGUGGUCAUGUGCAACAAGUUAGGUACAUGUUUGUAAUGUAUUAUGCAUGGCUGGAAAGCUCCCAGGCAUGCUUCUGGAAACUUAAUACUACCUUCCGAAAUCCCCAAUAUUUUUUCCAGUAAUGUGGUUGUAGGUAGCUUUGGGCUCUCUGUUGGCAUAAAUUGAUGACUUCAGGGAAGGAAUGCAAGUUUGAUAUGCUGGCAUUCAACCUGGAACACUGCGUACAGACCACUGGGCUUAAUAUCUUAAAAGCCAACUGGAAAGAAUGGAUUUGUGUAUUAAAAUACCCAAACCAUUUCAGAUUCUUCCUUUUAGCUCUUUUGGUAGAGUAGGGUAGCAAGAUUGAGAGUUGUACAGAGCUCAUUUCAAAGCACAAGAUUUGAAUUGUUUGAGAUAUAAAUAUAAAUUAUGUCUUAAUAGUGACAUAAUUAAUGUGCCACUUAAUAGUGCCAGUAGGCAUUUAUAUGCAUAAGUAUUUUCAGGCCUUGAACAGGGAACGGCAAAUGCUGGAAUGUUGAAGUUUGAGCUGCGAGAGCUUUGUAGAUACCACUGUCACACCGAUUAGAUAUUAUUCUGAACACAGUUGAUUUUAGGUGAAUUUUGCAGUCAAAAGCCAAAUUGGGCCAAGAGUGUCUUAAGAACUGUCUGCUUCUGUACAAACCUGUCUGACCCUUGGGGAGGUCCUUCUUUGUGUACUCCCAACUUGAGGCAAGGCAAGUGGUGAGUGAGGAUGGGACACUAUCUGUUAUUGGCACCCCAAAUGUAGAAUACCGUCCCCAGCUAAGGCCAGUCUCAUGAUGCCAGUUCCUGUGAGCUGUAGUUUACUGCUUACAGAGUACAAUUUUCAGCACCCCUAACUAACUACAGUUCUCCAGAUUCUUUGGAGGAAGUCAUGUAUGGUGUGAAUAUGACCUGAAAGACAUUGACACUCAGGAUCACAGCCGGAGGUCCUCAUCACCUGAUUCUUCUCUUUGCGAAACAUGUGCUUUUCAACUAAGCUGCCACCCCUCCCCAAUCCAAAGACAGUGUUAGAAAUUGAGAUAUGAAAGCUAGGAGCUAAAUGGCACCUUAAACCUAGGUUAUGGGUGUAACAAUGAAAUGUCUAGGUGAGCCUUUUUAUAACAAGAAUACAAAACUGAAAAUGUAUGAACUGAAUCUAACAUAUUAUGUUCAUUUUUCAUAUGGUCUAGUCCUUUCACUGCCCACCCCCUAAUAUUCUUAAGAGGGACUCUUCACCAGUCUCCAGAGAGUGGCUGGAAGUGGAGAGGCAGAAAAAGGUCCUCCUUUCCUUCCACUCUGCAGUUUUAAUCUGAAAUCAUAGGCGCAGUACUGCACCCAGAACUCAAAAACUGCUCACACUAGUGAAAUUCCCUAUCGCAAAAUGCGCCGAGAACAAUGGGAGUUUCGAAUACUGUCCAAAGAUCGUUCUUCUUUACUUAAGCCUGGCUUGGCAGUGCCGACUAGGGCUGGGCGAUGUUAGAUUUUGAACAUCACAAUCUAUCCCCAGCCAGAUAUCGUGGUUUGGCAAUGUUGAAACAAGCUGCAUUUGGCCCCAGCCAGCUAGACACAGGGUGAAACGGCUGCUGCUCUCACCGCUGGAUCUGGGGCCCUUUCACCCCAGCGCUUCGCAGGCUAGGGCCAAUACAGCUGAGCGAGCCCUGACACCUCAGCAACAUCGGGCUUCGCUCCGUUGUGGCGUAGAAGAAGUCUUCCCCACCCCAUCUGAUGGGAUGGGGGAGACUUCUUCCAGCCCCCAAUCUGAGCGAUCUGACACCACAGCAGCAUUCGGCUUUUCACAGCUGGGGCGUAGAAGAAGCUUCCCACCCACCCCAGCUGAGCGAUCUGAUGCUGCUGAGGCCUUGGGGUUGCUCAGAUGGGGGGGCAGUUUCACAGAGCCCCCACCCCGCUGUCAGCUUGGGCAAGCUAGCGCAGACUAGGGGCUCUGUUAAAUGCUUGGCUGAAGGGAGCAGCAACCAGGUGCCCAUCAGUUGAGCAGUUUAAAGAUGCGGAAGGGAGGAACAAGCACCUUGCCAAUACAGCUUGUUCCUCCCUCUGCGCCAUAUGAGGGCAAACCGCAACAUUGGUUUCACUCAACGGUAUAUUGCUGGUGAAAUCUCCGUGCUUCCGAACCCCUCUGCUAGCAGCAUCUCCUGGAUGAAGCUGUGCAGCUAGCAGAGGGACUCAGGAGCGGAGCAGUUUCACCAGCGAUAUACUGCUGAGUGAAACCAGCAUCACGGUCUGCUCCUCAUACCGGUCCUGGGCGAUAGGUCGAUAUAUCUCCCAGGCCUAGUGCCGACAUGUGAAUAAUGAUUCUUGUCCCUUUUCCUCCCCCUGCAGUGGUACGUGUGCAAUACAGAGCAGCUGUGUGAAUCUCUUCAGCCUAUCUUUGUCCAGAGUUACCUUGACCAAGGAACACAGAUCUUCUUAAAUAACAGUAUUGAGAAAUCGGGCUGGCUGUUCAUUCAACUCUAUCACUCCUUCGUGUCCUCUGUUUUUAGCCUGUUUAUGUCCAGGACGUCUAUCAAUGGGUAAGUGCCAAGUGGAAAGUGGCGAGGGGGAGGGUGUGUAGGUCUCAAGCUCAAACAGAAACGUCCUUGCUUCUCUUGUGCAGCUUGACUUUUGCACCAGGGAAGUCCACUUCCAGAUCCCAGUUAAAUGAAUUCCCUAAGUGUUUUCCUAAGUGGUGUCUUAUGAGAUGACUCGGGGGGCAGCUAUGCCACGUGAUUGCCCUGGUUUUUGGAGGGGAGCAGGAAUUGUCGCUUUGACAGUGCAGUGACAACUUUUCCACGAAGAAUGAGCGUGCAUCUUCUGAUGUGUCCAUCUCAUUCAGUAUCCUGCUUCCUGUAUCUUGUUUCCAGAUGCCUCUUGGGAAGCCCACAAGGAGGACAUGAGUCCCUCAGAGACUGAUAUUCUGAGAGUAUACCGUCGCCAUGGCUAAUUACCAUUGACGGCUGGUCCUAACAGCCAUCAUACCUUGUAGCAUUCGGGAUAGCUUAGUUAAUAUUGCCUCCUGGUAUCUUGCUCGCCACCGAGGCUGUUUUUCAGCCGGAACUCUCAGGAACACAAUUCCGGCACUUCCCAGUUGGGCACCAUUGCCAUUCUAAGAGAGCGAGGGAGGUGUUCGUGGUGGGAUCCUGCACCUCUUUUCUGGAAAAAUAGCACGAUUAUGACAUUUGCAGCAGGAGCGGCUGGCGAAGAGGGACAUUGUCAUAUACCUGGCCUCCUAGCACUAGCGCUACUGCAGCUUACCUAGAGGGGGAGAAGCAAAGAGGCAGGAAGGUGGGCUCUGUGUGGAUGUACGAGUGCGAGUGUUGGAUUGCCUCUGCCAGUGCAUCUCCUCACCCCCAUCUUCCUCUCCACGCUAGUGCCGGGGGAGCCACUUCUCAUUUCUAGAAUUCCCCCAUAGGUAGCAUCUCUGCAUGAAACAUUUAAGUGCCUGCUUAAGACAUUUUUGUUCAGGCAAGCCUUCCUGGAGAUGUAGAACGCUGAAAUGUACUUUAAUCUCUUUUUGCUUGCUGUUUGAUUUUGAUUGUUUUAAACAGCACUUUUAAUAAUUGAUCGUUUUAAUCCUGUUUUUGUUUUGUUUUUUGUUUUUGUUUUUUGUAAACAGCUUAGAGGUGUUGUUCCAGUUGUGAGUGGUAUAUCAAAGUUGUGAAAUAAAUAAAAUAAAAAAUCCCAUUCGAGCUGGAGCAUUUCAGCUGGAGCAGUUCUCUCUGCUUCCAAACUCAAGAGGAGCGUGCUGUAAAGCUUUUGCUCUCAACUUCUAUGUCUCCGUGCGUACAGAUGGAAGCAGGGAGAGUGGUAUUCGAUCAAUAAUCAAAUGGUUCUCCAUUCUCUUUAGCCUAGGAAGACUGAAGAUAGCCAAGUACAGAAUGGAGUUGCUUGUCUUGGAAGGGUCUGUUCAAACUGGUUUUUCACAGGAAACUUGGAGCAGAUACUCAGCAUGGAGAGAGCUGCCCUUUAGUGUCCUUUGAAAAAACACAACGUUAGUUCAUUUCUACACAUUAAGGCCACCUCCUCUGCUUUGCCUGAGCUGACAAAUUGAACUAAUAUGCAACUGGAGCCCUCAACCAAAUUUUUCACUGUAGCAAAUUUCCUUAGAAAUGAGCUCAUAACUAAGCAUUCAAGCUGGGUGAAGACCUAAAAGCUGCUUUAUUGGGGGGAGGGUCUCCAAAUUCAAUCAGAACAGUGAUACUGAGGAAGACACCUACCACUACCCAAUCAGUAUUCUUGAAAUUACACGUACACACUAAUAAUACCUUUAUUGUUAAUGUACAACCUGUGUAAAAUGAAAUUAACUGAGCCUCCCCCCCCUCACUCAAUCCCAUUGCACUCUGUGUUCUUGUCGCACAACACACCAACCCCGAAAGUCAGUUGCACUAUAUUAUUUUCUGUUCAGCAGCCUAACAGCCCACGGAUAGAAACUGUUUUUUAGCCUGUUGGUAUGGCGCUGUGGGUUAAACCACAGAGCCUAGGACUUGCCGAUCAGAAGGUCGGCGGUUCGAAUCCCCACGACGGGGUGAGCUCCCGUUGCUCGGUCCCUGCUCCUGCCAACCUAACAGUUCAAAAGCACGUCAAAGUGCAAGUAGAUAAAUAGGGACCACUCCGGUGGGAAGGUAAACGGCGUUUCCGUGCACUGCUCUGGUUCGCCAGAAGCGGCUUAGUCAUGCUGGCCACAUGACCCGGAAGCUGUACGCCGGCUCCCUCGGCCAGUAAAGCAAGAUGAGUGCCGCAACCCCAGAGUCGGCCACGACUGGACCUAAUGGUCAGGGGUCCCUUUACCUUUACCUUUAACAACUGAUUAUACUUCUACAUCUCCUGCCCGAGGGUAGAAGAUUAAAGAGGUGCUGGCCGGGGUCCAUGAGAAUUUUUCUCGCUCUCCUAAGGCAACGAUGUCAUCUAGCGGGCUCAGGGGACAGCCAAUGAUAUCAUGUGCUGUGUUCACCACCCUCUGUAAAGACUUUCUGUCUGUGGCUGUCAAGUCAACGUACCAUACUGUGAUACAAUAUGAGAGGACACUUUCUUUUGUGGUCAUCAAGAAGGAGGUCAUCAAUUGUUGUUCAACAUUGUUCUUUUGCAAGACCCUGAGGAAAUGGAGUCUCUGUUGGGCCUUCCUAACCACCUGAGUUAUAUUUGGGUAGACGUGCGUUACACCUGCCAGGGUGGUGUGCCUUGCCCAUCGCCACCUUCAGUAACAUGCUGGCAGACAGCUGCUUGCUAUGCAUCCUGCAUCCCAGUCAUAGAUGCAACCCUGGCAGUCCUUCCCAUGCAUUUGCACCCAGCUGCUCAGUUUCCUUUAGUGCCAGGCCCUCCAAAGGACUCUAGGUUUUAUGUUUUCCUUUGAUGCAUGCUUGACUCUACAUCCUCUUUAGCUGAGUGAAGGAAAUACCACGACUUUUUUUUUUAAAAAAAAUACACCCUUUUACACGUUAUCCUGCUAUACAGUUUGAUCUGAGCUGCUGCUGUUUCAGUGAGAGAGGAAUUAUGUCAUGAGCCAAUCAUAUUUCUCAGCUAGACGUUUCCUGUGGGGUGCACAGUCGACUGCAGUGCCUCGCUGUAUCCCCUUGUAUCCUCGCUGUUUUUGCUCCAGUCCAAAAGGUUUCUGUUGCUUUGAAUGCCUUCUUGCGGUGUCUUUAGGAAUAAUGCCCUUGAGCCAAUUUAUGUGAGGGAUGCUCAGAUGUACUGCCAGGGGGUUGGUCUUUGAAAAGUGAAUGCCACUUGCUUUCAUGUUUUUCUUCCAACGCCCAUUAUAAAAAUGACAGUUCCCUCCGGACCAUUCCAUUCCACGCACAUUGGUACGUUUUUACUUUUCCCACUUUUUAUCUGCUCUCAUUGUCUUCACCAGCCAUUCUCUCUCCUUCCCGUGUCCUCUCUCUUGAUAAUGAUUCUGCUCUUUGCAGCUGGGACUCGCUGGCACAGAUCACCUUUUUACCCUUCAGCUUGGGCUCCUUCCUGUGGUUGACCUGACUAAUGCAUUGCUUCCCUCUUGUGUCUCUUGCUAACCAAUUAUUUUCUUCCCCCCCCUAGAUUCUUCCACUCCUUAUUCUUUCAUUCACUUGCACCUCUGGCACAACUACUGUAAUCUUACAAUAUAGACUUCAAAGUGGGACAAGCAGAGAUGCCAUUGAUACAAUCCACAGAGACCCCAAUUGUCCCUGCUGCAGAUUCCUUAAUGAAUGGCUCAUUUGCCAUUCCACGUUCUUUUCUAUCACACAAGGAAGCUUCGGAUACCUACUGUGGUCUUUGCUGCUAGUUUAUACCGUUUUAAAAUAUUAAUCUCCUUUCCCACUGCUCUAACGAUGUCAUCUUCAGCAUCUCUUUCAGUCUGUUUCUUCUUCUAUUCUUUUACAUCUUCCUUGUCACUCUUGUCUUUUUAAAGCUAACCUUUUUUGAGUCCUCUUCUCCUCUAAUGCCUUUGAAUCUAAAGUCAGCAUGUAAGGCAGGCAAGUCCAAAGUCCGCCGGUUGGUUUAAUCUGGUGCCUGUGGCAGUUUAUUUCCUGGGGUAAAAUAGUAAAAAAAGCUCGACAACUUUGGUUGGCCCUUUGGUCAGCCCUCACACAUGUUCACUUCAUCAAAUCUGCCCCUCUUUGAAAAAAGUUUGGACACCCCAAUAAGGCUUCAUGGCAUUGCAAGUUGGAUGUCGAGUAGGUGGAAUGUUGUUUCUCUUAUUGGGCCAGGCAGCUUGUUGUAAAAUACUGCAGUUCUUCAUUAGGCGACUUUAAAUGCUGGUUAAGGGCCAACCCAGGUCAAGCCCUAUCUGCACUAUUCAUUUAAAGCAGUAUCGUACCACUUUAAACAGUCAUGGCCUCCCCUAAAGAAACCUAGGAACUGUAGAUGUUAACGGUGCUAACAAUGGUUAGGAAAACCCAUAGGGACUGAAUGUUAAACCACUCUGGAAACGGUUAAAAGGUUUCCCAUCGCUAUGUCCACACUGGUUUGAAAUUAAAGAAAUGUUGUCUCCACUUACUAAAUUUGCCCACUUUGUUCAUAAACAAAUAAAACCUUGUUGUCUUUUAACAUUUCAGGUUACUGGGAAGAGGUUCCAUGUUUGUGUUUUCACCCGAACAAUUUCAGAGACUGCUUAAAAUAAAUCCAGACUGGAAAUCCCGCCGGCUUCUCGAUUUAGGAGCAGGAGAUGGAGAAGUCACAAAAGUCAUGAGUCCUCACUUUGAAGAAACCUAUGCUACCGAGUUGUCUGAAACUAUGAUUUGGCAGCUUCAGAAGAAGAAAUACAGGUAUAUUGCUUGCUAAGUGGGCUACGCCAGUGAUACUAGGUUAGCUAUCUUCUCUCCCACCCCUGCCAUGGUCUAUCAAAGCAUAUAGGCUGUUACAAGAUUUCUAUCUGAUAACUAUAAUUAUUUCUGCAAAUUAGGGAAGAUACAAUCUGUUUGCUUUUUAAAAAAAAUCUCAUUAGGAUUUACAGUCAUACAUUGGAAGUCAAACAGAAUCCGUUCUGGAAGUCCAUUUGACUUCCAAAAUAUUCAGAAACCAAAACACGGCUUCUGAUUGGCUGCAGGAAGCUCUUGCAGCCAAGCGGAAGCUGCGCCAGACAUUCGACUUCCAAAAAUUGUUAGAAAACUAGAACACUCACUUCCGGUUUUUGAUCGGGAGUCGAAACAUACGAGUUCCAAGGCGUUUGGCAACCAAGGCACAACUGUAUAUCCUUUCUGCAAAAUAUCCAAGGUGGUUUUUCAGACAUGGGGCAGUGGGGUAAUGUGUGCAUUUCCCUUGUGCUUGCUGAAAGGAGGAAAGCUGAGCAAUAGCCAUGUUGUAGUUGUAGUAAAAAAGGUAAGGCAGGUAAAGGACCCAGUUAAUCCAGUCAAAGGCGACUAUGAGGUGCAGCAGUCAUCUCACUUUUCAGGCCGAGGGAGCCAGCGUUUGUCCACAGACAGCUUUCCGGGUCCUGUGGUCAGCAUGACUAAACCACUUCUGGAGCAGUGGAACACUGUGACAGAAACCAGAGCGCCUGGAAACGCCAUUUACCUUCCCGCCGCAGUGGUACCUUUUUAUCUGCUUGCACUGGUAUGCUUUUGAACUGCUAGGUUGGCAGAAGCUGGGACAGAGCAAUGGGAGCUCACCCCAUCGCGGGGAUUCAAACUGCCGACCUUCCAAUCAGCAAGCUCAGAGGCUCGGUGGUUUAGACCACAGCACCACGCUGCUUCCUUUGUAGUUGUAGUAGUCCAGCUGGAACCUUGGUGCCAUGAGGCCAGUAGCAAUCAAGACUCUUGAGUCACAGGCUGCAGAAUCUCCAGCUAAGGAGCCAAACAAGGAACCAGGCCAGCUUUAGGGCUCUAAGUCUGUUGGUGGAGACCAGGAGUCCACUAGGCCAGAGGUCCAGAGCCAGGACCCUCACAGGUAUCAGAGCCUGAGAAAACAAAGGCUUCCCACAGUACCUCACCAGUCCAUUGGUACAGAGAGCUAACAAGGCAAGAGGCUAUGGAGAAGUGCCAGACGGUUGGUCCUCUAAGAAUCCUAAGGUUAUCCACAAGGGGUGGAGCCUUCAGACGUAGUCUAGUGGCAGAGGCUUAAAGAUGUUCUGUCUGCUCUCAACCUUCAUCAGAGCACGUUGCUCACCUGGAGCUAUCUGUGGUUCUGCAGCUCCUGACCUGCCUUGCUGCUUUGAGAUCCAGCUUCAAACCACAACAAGACACAGGGGCUGUUGACUUACAGCAAAGAUCUCUAGUGUCCAAUUUAGCCUGAAUUACAUUUGUGGGUCUCUUAACUUAGAACUCUUGAAAUGUUUUGUUCCUCCUUCCUUUCUCUCGCCUGCCCCUCUGCCCCCUCCCAGAAUUAAAUACGGUGCCUGCAGUUGGACAGAAGCUAUAGCUUGUGUUUUGCAGGAUGACUGUACCAUGAUUAUUUCUUUUCUUUUUUAAAAUAGCCCAUUCUUAUUUUUCUGAAUGAAUAUAACGAAAACCCAAGCAAGCAUUUGGAGGCCCAUUUCUUAAACCUUUACCAUAUAUUUGCAUUGUAGUAGUGCUCCUGCUGUGACCCACUUUGGAUCAGGCCAUGACCCACCAGGGCAGGCAUGGCCAAACUUGGCCCUCCAGAUGUUUUGGGACUACAACUCCCAUCAUCCCUAGCUAACAGGGCCAGUGGUCAGGGAUGAUGGGAAUUGUAGUCCCAAAACAUCUGGAGGGCUGAGUUUGGCCAUGCCUGCACUAGGGGGUUCCGACCCACCAGUUGAAGACCAGUGGUUUAGAGCACAUUAGAAGUAUGGCCAUCAGAAUGCAUCAAGCAGGUUUCCUUUCAGAUACUUUGGACCAGGGGUCAGCAGACUUUUUCAGCAGGGAGCCGGUCCACUAUCCCUCAGACCUUGUAGGGGGCUGGACUAUAUUUCUUGGGGGGGGAGAAAUGAACGAAUUCCUAUGCCCCACAAAUAACCCAAAUUAUCUGAAGGACUCCAGAUUGGGUAAUGCUGAUUAACAUGUGCAAAGACCUGUUUGGCUUAGGUGAGUUUCUGGCAAAAAGAUGCUUAUGACUCUGGGAAGUUGUAAGCCAUAUUCCCUUUUCUUUACAAAUGAGAGAAAUUCAUCUCGUUUUGAUUGUCCCCUGACGAAGGCUUCUAUUAUGUGUCAGCUUCUCCAGCCCCAUUAUUUGCCAAGUUCUGCUGUAUCAGCUGUGGCUGGUAUAACCUCUUAAAGCUUUCUAGUGUCUGGCGAUUUCAAGACAAGCUGCAGCUAACAGAGCUAAUACAAGCCCUUCGUAUAAAAUUGUCAUUUUAGAGUUAUUGCAAACAGAUUAUAAUGCUAACACUGGCUCUGAUGGAAUUAUUGACUGUAUUACAUCUGCGAUCGGGACAGACACUCUAGGCUGCAACCGUUCUGCAAACUGACAAGUUCCUCUGCGGAGAAUAUAAAGGUCCUGUCUGUUUAUUCCCUCUUCAGCAUGUACCCAGCAAAUUGCUGUUCGUGUGAUGAAAUCUUAUUGGAGUAAGACGUAUAAUGUUGAUUUGCAGAUCUCCCACUGCAAAAUAGAUGCUAACGCUAUAAAGCCCACACUCCUUUUGCAGGAUCAUCUGCAUAGUGGCCUAGACUUAAUGAGCAGAGGUUAACCCAUUAUUUGCUUACUUUGCCUCACAUCGUUGUAGGCAGAAAGAGAACAAUCUCUCCUUGUCUGGUUGUAACCCUCAACACUUUCCCCCUCUACCUAUACAGAGUGCUCGGCAUCAACGAAUGGCAGAGCACAGGGUUCCAGUACGAUGUCAUCAGCUGCUUGAAUCUGCUCGAUCGCUGUGAUCAGCCAUUGACUGUAUUAAAAGAUAUUAGAAGUGUACUGGAGCCUACGAGAGGCAGAGUCAUCCUGGCAUUGGUUCUGCCCUUUCAUCCAUAUGUGGAGAAUGGUAAGUGUUUAACAGCUGAUUGAUGGGGGUUGAGAGGGAAGGAAAGGGGGACUUCCUCACUCCUGCAAUUGCAUGAGAAUCUGUUCUGCAGGGGUUUCCCAAGAGCUGUUUGCAAUUGCAGACAGCCUGCCUAGAAUCCAUGGGCGCUUUAUGUCUUGCUUGGAGUGGUAUGGCUGGCCUCGCUUCCACUGUUGCGCCCACGCUGCUCUGAAAUGUUUAACAUGUACACCAACAAGUGCAGCCAAACCACAUUCCCAGAGCUGUAGGGAAGCAACAAUGGCUCCACGUAUGUAAAGUGCCUCUUAGGAGGACUUAUUUAGAGACUUCAGCCAGUCAUAGCCUGUAGUCAGAGUAGAAGGCUGGACCAAGUUAAUUUUUUAAGGAGCAAUACCUCGUUGAGGUUAUGUCUCCACACCGAAAGGACUCUGGUUGUAGUUGCAAAGGAACUACUCCACCCAUGCUCCAAGUUGACUUUUAUAAUAGUUCAUUUUUUCCAAUAUUCUCUCUUUCUGUUUUGUGUGUUUGUUUGUUUGUUUGUGUGUGUGUGUGUGUGGUUCUGAGUUUUUGUUUGUUUCGUUCUGAGUGGUUUUUUUAAAGAUUUAUUUAGUCUUAACUAAGUACAAAAACUCACAUAUCCAGCAUUUUGGUCAAUAAUGCCCACUGUACAAAGCAAAUUUAAAAUAACCAAAGGAAGGAAACUAAGCUUACAGCCUAUUUGUCAUGCACAAAAGCUACAAAGACAAAUCUUAAUUUGCAGGGAGUCUGUUCUUUUGUGGAACUAGAUACCCAUACGUCAGCAUCAUACAGAUGACAAAUUGCAAGAAAGUACUUUGUAUACAUUCAAAUUUUGGCAGUCAUGUUUUGCUGGGGGUGGGGGGAGUUAACAUGCAAGAAAAAGAGAAAUGAGGUGAGAAAAGACUUGUUCUGGCUUUGAAAUCCAAUCUUUCUUCUUUACAAGUUCAGUUUCUGCAUUACCUUCUAUUCCCACCCUUUGUUCAUCCACUCAUGAAAAGUGGGAAGGAUGUGUUGUCUCUCUUUCUGUCUUUCUUAAAAGAAAUAUGUAAGCUUAUAAAUCAUCAUUUGUGGCAAUAAUAUAUCUUGUGAGGAAGAGGUAGUUCCAAACUGGUUUGCAAGAAAAGCACAAACCAAAGGUUCCUGGUUCAGACAAAAUGCCAAACUAUAGUUUGCAACAAACCAGGAUCUGUGGUUGGGAGCUGAUGGUGCAUGGCAGGGGAAAGGGCACAGUCCAGAGACCCCUUUCUGCACGCUAUCGUUUGGGAUUCCAUUUGAACCACCGCAACAGAUCUCUUAGCUUUUGUACUGUUUUGAACUACAUACCGUAUUUUUCGCUCUAUAGGACGCACCCCCCCCCCCAGAAAUUAAGGGGAAAUGUGUGUGCGUCCUAUAGAGCGAAUACAGGCUGCGCGGCUAAGCCCAAAGCCAGAACAGGGAGACGGAGUGCUGCGGAGCGCUCCAUCUCGCUCUUCUAGCUUGGGGUUAGCUGCGCAAAGCCUCUGCAGGGCAGCGGGGUGAAGGCACCCCGCUGCCCUGCGGAGGCUAGAAAGGCUGUCCCUGAAGCCAGAAGAGCGAGAUGGAGCGUUCCGUCUCGCUCUUCUAGCUUGCGGAUGGCUGCCCUGCAGAGGCUAGAAAGGCUGUCCCCGAAGCCUGAAGCCUUUGGAGCGCAGCGGGAACUCGCGCUGCACUCCAAAGGCUUCAGGGAUCUUUGAGGCUGGCGGUGGGGGAAAGCAGCACUUCCCACCACCGCCAGCCCCACAAGCUCGGGGGCUGUUCCCCGACCUGCUCUUUGGGGCUGGCGGUGGGGGAAAGCAGCACUCCCCCCCUGCCAGCCCCAAAGAGCAGGUCGAAAGGAACCUGAAGCCUCCGGAGCCCAGAGGGAACUCCCGCUGCGCUCCGGAGGCUUUGGGUGAAUGCACCUUGAAUGCACCUUGUUUUAGAGGGGGAGAACAAGGAAAAAAAAAUUUUCCCUGUUCUCCCUCUCCUAUAGUCUGGUGCGUCCUAUAGAGCGAAAAAUGUGGUAUGUGCUAAAGUAGAAACAUUUGACUUCCCAUUAAUUUUGAUAAAAUGCCAUGUUGACAAAGAACUUUUUUUCCCCGUCUUGCUUGAGCACUACUGAGGAGUGCACACAAUUGUUGUUGUUAGUAUUUAUAUCCCAUCUUUCUCGCAAAUUAGGAUUCUGGGUGGCUUACAACAUUUAAAAUGUCAUUAUAAAAUACAAAGCGAUAAAAACAAACUAGUUAAAAACAAUAAUUAAAAUACAGCAGAACACAUUCAAAACCAAAAAUUAAAACCCACUUUGCCCUGACCACAGCCCAGUGUCUGCACCUCCGUUUUCAAAGGCCUAGGAAGGCCUUAGCCUGCCAGUGGAAGGAUAACAAAUAGGGUUUUUUUGUUUAGUCGUGUCCAACUCUUCGUGACCCCAUGGACCAGAGCACGCCAGGCACUCCUGUCUUCCAAAUAGGGAGCCAGUCUUAACAUCUCUUGGGAGGAAAUUACACAAUGUGGGAGCAGCCACAGCAAAGGCGCUCUCUUGUGUCACCACCAACUGUGUCACUGAUGUCGAUGGGACUGAGAGAAGGUGCUCACCUGAGGAUGUUAGCACCCAGGUAGGUUCGUGUAGGGAAUUACGAUAUUUCCUGUAACCAGGGCUCAAGCAUAUAGGGCUUUAUAGGAUACAGCCAGCACUUUGAAUUGUACCCAGAAACGAACCGGUAGCCCAUGAAGUUGUUUUAAUGACAGAGUAACAUAAUAAGAAUAACGCUCUCUGCUACCGGUACCAGUCAGCAGUUUGGCCCAGAAUUCUGAACCAGCUAAAGCUUCCAAAUACACUGGUACCUCAGGUUAAGAACUUAAUUCGUUCUGGAGGUCUGUUCUUAACCUGAAACUGUUCUUAACCUGAGGUACCACUUUAGCUAAUGGGGCCUCCCGCCACCGUGUGAUUUCUGUUCUCAUCCUGAAGCAAAGUUCUUAACCUGAGGUACUAUUUCUGGGUUAGCGGAGUCUGUAACCUGAAGCGUAUGUAACCUGAAGUGUCUGUAACCCGAGGUACCACUGUACUUCUCAAAGGCAGCCACACAUAGAUCACGUUACAGUAGUCCAACUGGGGCGCAUCUAAGUCACGCAUCUCAGUGGCCAGAUCCAAUAAGGAAUGGGUGCAGUUGGUGCCUGAGUUGUAAUUGUGUAAAUGCCCUUCUGGUCACUGCAGCACCCAUGUUCGGGGCAGAAUCCCAGGAGUACAGUUGUAUGCCUGGAGAUGCUUCUUAACCUCAGGUGUGUUGCCAGUUUUGAGGGGACCUUGGUCAAGGUGCCCUUGCAGGGGGAAGACAACACCGCCCUGGUUGCUCUUCUCCUUUCCUGCCUUGCCCUGGCUGUUUCCCUACUUCCUUCCCACAAAGCCCUUCCCUGGUUGCUCUCCCACUUCCUGCUUUCUCCUCUACUGCUCCCUGCUCUGUAGGUUUAAGAGGCAGCAGCAGGAAGUGGUCUCUUAAAGGGAGAAGAAGAAAAAAGCAGAACUGGGGAAAUUAAGAUGUUUGGUGCAGCUUGAACCUCAGCAGGUCUUUUCCUGCAUAGCAAACCCACCCAGCAACUGUCAUCAGCCCCAGUAUGUGCCCUGGACUGGUUGUUCACACCAUUCUCCACCAUGGACCAGUGCUGCUGUUCCUGGUCCAUUUAGGGGGAGCCCCCAUAAUGUAGCUUGCAAGACCUAGGCCCCAGAAUCUGUGCUUAAGCUGGCCUGAGUUGUGAAAUGGUCGUCGUCCUUGCAUUUUCCAUAUCUUACUUUGCAGUUCUACAGUUCUGUUUCUCUCUCUGGUCUUGUAACUACUCAGGAUUUCCAGGGUCUUGCUGUUUCUCUCCCACACCUUUAUGUCCAGGAUCCUGUUUGGUAACUGCACAAUAAAACUUAACGCAACUUCCUGGCAAGGCAACCAAGCACAUACUGGCAUUUGUUUCCUCAUGGUUCAAAGACCAGUGUUUGCUUUGAGAUCAGGAUGCCAGAUAUGUGGGCCUCUGAAGUACAAGAUGGGCUCGCCUUUUGAAGAGACACAGGCAGCUCUAAAACUAAGCAAAGAAGGGUGAGGGUGGGCGAGAGAAUGUGGGGAAGAUGGAAAUCAAUGAAGGGAAAAGGAAGGAACACCACUAAAAACUCAAGGACAUUUCUGAUUAAAUAGGUUGUAUUCCCUGUUAGCCCCUGCUCAAAGUAAAGCCACUGAAAUUAAUUCCAGUUCUAGGCAGCUCCUGGCAAAUGUGUAAAUUUAACAUUUUGGGUUAACUGUAUUUCAAAAAGUAAAAACCAAGACACCCUGAAAAUUGUUGAGCUUUUCUUUUCUUUUCUUUUUUUUUACAAAAACACCAAGAAAAAGUGAUUUUUCAAUUGACUGCCUUUCAAAAAUUCCCCCCUGGACGUCAGUUCCACCUUUGAGAUCCCGGUGAUGUCCAGGAAAAUCCAGACGUAUGGCAGCCCUAGUUUAGUAUGACACAAUAGGAGCUUUUUGCUGUAUGAAGCUCACUUUUCCCCCUUCGGAUGUUUAAUGUGUGAAUCACGUUUCCAGUUCUACCGAACCCAUGAAAGUGCAACUGCUAUGAUAAUUCAUCCAUUUUGUGGCUUUUAUCCAAAUGCCCCUGCAAGAAAAGAAAAGAAGCAUGUUCAGUAGUUUGCUAGUGUGCAAUAAAACCCAAAAAUACUUGAUCCCAAAGAGUCAUGUUCACUGCAGUGAUGCACCGCAAUUCUCUGUCUCUUGUUGUUUUUUAAAAAUACCACAUAUAUAUAGCUAUCCAUAUACCAGCAGAAGAAAACGGCUGAAUCAUAAGCUUCCCAAACAACUGCUAAUUCUCCGAGAGCUUACUCAGUGAAGGGAACUCUAUACCAUACUGGCAUCCAUUGGCAAGCUCAAAAAGAUUAGCUUUCUAUGAAAUAUUAUUCUGUCCGGAAUCUUUAUGUGUAAGACUGGGUUGUUUGUUUUUUAAGCCUACUUUCUGUAGCUUGUUUUUCAUUGCGAGAUUCCCAUUUAUACAAGAUACAUUUUUGUGUGAGUUGCAGGAAGAUUUAUGCCAUUCUCAGAACCGCUAUGCCACCUUCUCCAGGUUGAAAUGGAUAAGGAAGGACGGGUGCCAAGUCACAGCACAGACAAGACAAUAAUAGUUCUUUUUGCGUUCAUUGCUAAACUUAGAAUACUGGAGCAACAUUGGCAUAGCAGCACAGCCUAUAACCCGGCCUCUGUGCUGCCGCCCAAUUGGUUCCUUUCCCCUUCUGUCACCGAUGCCCUCCGAUUGCCCGUAUGAACACAGUUCCCGCCCCCUUUCAAUGCUCCUGGCUACUUACAUGCCUCCGCUGCCUGUUGUGCUUCUUUUUGCCAAACUCCUUUGCGAUCGCUCGACAAACGGCUACUUUGCUUCCCCCACCCUGGAAAUUUAAAAGAGGCUUUGAACACUUGUCUUCGCCUAGCAGUGUGGGGCACAUUGGUGUGUUGUUGUUUUUAAAACAGAAACUGAGAAAAUGACCCCUUCGGACGCUGCCGAUGCGACAGGAAACAUGACUGUUGCUAACAGUUGUGGGGUGGGGUAUUUAUCAGCUAUAGGACCGUAGCCUUAUACAGAGCCAGAUCAGACCAUCCCAACCAUCCCUCUCUUCCUUUGCUGUUAUAUUGUGGAAGGGAGCACAAGGUGGUCAGUGUGCCCUGGCAAAUAGCAGCAAGGCUAUUAUUAUUAUUAUUAUUUUGCUCAGUGCCCAAAUAAACUUCCAAGCAAUCUCCAAGUAUAAAAACCAGUUACACAAAUCUUAAAAUGCAAACGUUCAUAAUUAACUACAGAGCCGUGUACGAAAUAACUAAAUAAUAAAAUUGAAAUACGCAAUUUGGAAUACCAACGUCUGUAAUUAUAUCAUGCAAUGAAAAUGAUCCCAUUUAAACAUGGCAGCAAUUAAAAGAGGAAACGUGGGUCGAGGUGCCUCUGAAAGAGAAGGGGUGGCAGCUUUAGCCAAGCAGAGGCCCAGGCCUCUUCCUUGCAUUGCUUCGUUCCCUGCUGGUCCCUCUCUCGCUUUUGUUUUGGUCUAGCCAGGCGCCCAUCUCCACAAAUGCAGCACACCUGAGUGUCAGGUGCAGCCCUGUGCCCAUCACCUGCCUGUUCCCCAUGGAGCUCUGCCACUAGGCGGUUACAAAGGCAGACACAACAAGGAAGGGGCGUUGCUGUUCCUAUUGCUAGCCAUGCAAACUGGCUCCCUCUCGAGCCGCCCACUCAGCAUGUGCUCCCUUUCUCUUCCCCGUAACACCACAAGAGGAAAGAGGAGGAGGAGGAGGAAGCAACCCCAGCAGAAUUCUGUGUUUCCAUCUCAGCAUAAAUUGGUGCAUUGUGAUGCACUUACUUUUCUGGUCCUCCUUUCUAAAGCAGAAAUGGCUUAGGGGAAAACUUUCGCAUCCUGGAUGUUGUCGGACUCCAACUCCCAGCUUCCCUGAAUACUGACCACGCCGGCUAGGACCGAUAGGAGUUGGAGUCCAGCAGCAUUCAAAUCGACCGCAGUUUCCCCACCUCUAUUCCAGAUUGACAGCAGUCGUAGUCUGGCUCCAUUUCCCCAGCUGGAGAAAUUCAGUCAGGAGAUGAGGCAGCGCACAUCUGCUUUCAGACGUCAUAUGCAGCAGCAGCGGUUUGGAUUAACUCGCCAUAGAUAACCAAACUGUUGUGUAGCCUACAAACUUUGUGAUCUUCCAGCUGCUAAGUGUGUAUAAGAUUGCAGGGUCUUUUUAGGCUUGCCACAUGCCAGCCCACUGCAGAUUUGAAAUGCAACAGGCUGGACAUGCAGCCAAGUGUUGCCAUGUGGAAGGCUCCUAUUCAGGGUUCCAGCCAGCCAUGUCUUCUUUCAGGAUAAUCCCUCUUCCCCCAGUUUUCUAAGGGGGUUUCUCUCUCAAGAGUGGCUACUGAGCAUGCUUAGGCCUCACUGAGUAGCUUAGAAGGGUGCCUCUCUUAAGAACUGGGGUUUUAACUAAAAAAAUUUGUCCCUCUGUAAAUCUCAGGGUUUCCCCAAGCUUGCUGCUACCUCCCUCCUUUGCGUGGGUACUUCCUUUUCCUGCUCAUAUAAAGAUUCACCUUUGGAGAAUGCAUUAGCUACCUUGUGUACAGGAUUGCAAACACUUACGCAAACAUUGACAUGCCUCUCUGUUUUCUUGAGUUUAGGCUGUGGAAACAAAGGUGAACAAUGCAUUUUAGCAAAGGAGAUUGGUACCUCUUUUUUUUUUUUAAGCAAACAUUACAGAGAUUGGGGAUGAUAUGAUAAUGGGUAUUUUUGCUGUUGCGUUCAAGGAGCCAUAGUGAUGGGAGCCACCUGUCACAUAGAGAAGUAAAAUGUUUGGGAGGUUAAAUUGAAGAGCAGGUCAUGUGGGGUGAAAAAUGGAGAUAGCACAGGGUAUCUGUGCACAGAGUAGAGUGUGGGAUUUAAACUGUGGCAUCCCAGGUUCAAGUCACUGCAUGGGCAGGAAGCUCUCUGAAUAAUUUGGGCAAACUGCAUUCUCUGUUAACCUAACCCACCUCUCGAAGUGAUGAUUGCGAAGAUACAGGUCACAUCCACACCACGCAAUUAAAAACACAUAGCUUCCUGCAAAGAAUCCUGGGAACUGUAGUUUACCCCUCACAGAGCUACAAAUACACCCUUAACAAACUGCAUAUGGUGUGGAUGUAACUGCAGUGUACUCGGGGGUGGGUGGGGAAUAUAACCCACCCUGAGUUCUUUAGUGGAUACAAGGGUAUUGCAUAAAAUUUAUUGAUUGAUCAGAUUAUUAAGAAUAUUUAUAUUCUGCCUUUUCAAAAGUGGCGAACAAACACUGAAUACAUCAGUGUGCCAACACAUUUUAAAACUGCCCCCCCCCAAUCAUAUACAGUGGUACCUCGGGUUACAGACUCUUCAGGUUACAGACUCCGCUAACCCAGAAAUAGUACCUCGGGUUAAGAACUUUGCUUCAGGAUGAGAACAGAAAUCGUGGCGGCACGGCAGCAGCGGGAGGCCCCAUUAGUUAAAGUGGUGCUUCAAGUUAAGAACAGUUUCAGGUUAAGAACGGCCCUCCGGAACAAAUUAAGUACAUAACCAGAGGUACCACUGUACAAAUGAAAUAAGCGUAGUACCAUAAAAAAUUCUAGCACUAAAUGAUAUAUGCAAGCAGCAGAAAACAUCCAGUUAAAAGUGGCCAACUGCUAGACCAAAAGCCAGGCCCAAAAAAGAGGAUUUUGUCAUCUAGACAGAAUGCCAUCAAAGAGGGGGCUAUGCAGACCUUCCAAGAGAGAAAAUUCCAAUGCUUGGGUGCAGCCACUAAAAAGGCCCUCCUCUUGUGUCCCUACUAAACACACCUCAAACUGGGCAGGAGAAAGAGAAGAGGUUCACCUGAUACAAGUUCGUAUUAGAGCAGGUAUCCCUUGAGGUACCUUGGUCCACAGCUGUUUAAAGCUUUGAAGGCUGAGGCGAGCACUUUGAAUUGGGGUUGGAAGUGAAUCAGUAAGUCAACGAGUUGUUGUAACAAGAGAGUCACACGCUCCCUAUAACCUGCUCCAUUCAGCACAACCACCGCAAAUUCAGGGCAGCUGCAGUUUCCAUAACUUUGUAAAGGCAGCCUUACGUAAGGACUAUUGGAAUAGUCCAAAUCAGAAGAUUCACCAAUUGUAUGAUUCAGCAUAAGGCAGCUUCCUAUGUAUAUUCCCAGUUUUGGGGUGUUUCUUUUUUAAGAAGUGGAUGUGGCUGACAUCACAUCUAGCUAGGCACCAACCGAAUUUGCAGAAGUGGCGAGGGUGUCAUAAUCACAUGCCCUCUUUUUUCUUUUAUAAAAAAAUAUUUUCACAGCAUGCAAAUAGACUUGCAACCCAAGGCUGGUCUUGGGUUUCCUUCAUUGAAAGCAUUGUAAAGCUGCUAGGAUCUGGUAUGGGAGAGAGAUUGAGAGAGAGCAGAUACAGAGAGAGACGAACAUACCUUCGUGAAUAACUUAAAAACUGCCAACAAGGCAACAAGGUAGAGGAACAGCACAACUGAGAUGGCCAGCAUGCUGUACUCAACUCCUCGGCUGUAUGUUCCACUCUCUUUUUUAAAAUAAGAACAGCAAAAAGAAUAUCGUUAGUUUAGUUUCAGUUUGCAUUAUUGGCAUAGUAUGAAUGAUGGUUUUCUUGCGCUUUUUAAUGAUUUUAUUAAUCAAAAGGAACACGUAACAAUCAGCUGAGACCUUAAAACAGUGAUAACGCCGCAUAAAGUAAGGAAACCACCGGCUCUUCUAUGUAAGGAAGGGGAUGGGAAGGAGAGAAAAAGUAGGUGUGGAGGAAGAAAAGGGAGAAUCUAGACCUGGGUGGCAAGAGGUCGCCAUGUAAUCCAGUUGAAGACCCAAAGGCACAAAACAGGUUGUGCAAGUUGUUUGUAUAUAGAGACCUAUGUAGAUGUCACAAAGAGUUCCAUAUAAAGUUAUAUUUUUCAGGUACAGUGUUCAAAUGGGAACAAUUAUUCACAUAUGUCCUAAAAGUCCACGAAAGAGCUGCAGAGUCCCCAGGUUCUGCGGUUCUAGUUUCUUGUUCUGAUUCCACCUUGAGGAGUCUAGACCAUCAGAGCAUAAGAAGAUCCUGCUGGGCCAGUUCAGAUGUAACGGUUCCAGCUUUAUAUGCCUCUGUUUAUAAAACCGGUCAGUUCUCCAAGCUCCUUCCCUUACUCCUUCCCUGAAACACCAGCUUCAGCAUUUCAGUCAGGUUCAAAGCAAAUCACCAUUUCCCAUUACACUCAAACCUUGCUGCUUAGGCUUGGUUUCCUAACCAGGAUCUUAAACUAAGAUCAAACUGUGGUUUUAGAAACCUGGUUAUCAAACAGACAUUAAAACACAGUUUUUUGUUUCUAAGAUAGCAAUACACUCUUCAAAUUGGGCUGAAGCACCAAAACAAGGGAGGAACACGCAGGACAAAAGCCCGUUCCCAGCUUCGUAAACCAUAGUUUGUCACUUAAACAAUGGUUUAAGAACAAACUUAGUCUUUAAGGUGCUACUGGACAAUUUUAUUUUUUUACAUGGUUUAUCAUGUGUGAUAAGGUUGUCACGUGUGUGUGAAUCAACCAACUGAGUUAGAGAGAGUUAGGCUUGCUUUGUAUCUCUCUGGUUCUGACUAGUUUGAAUAUAUGAAAAUCCUUAUGCAGAGCCAAAGCAUUAGUCCAACAAACCUUGGGAGUGUCUACCCUGCCUUAGCACUUUUGCUUUACAGUUUGUUAAAAUAAUAUUCGUAGGGAGCAGUCUUUGACCUGCAAGUGAGAUAUAAACAGUAGGUUUUUUCCUGGGGGGACGCAGGGGUACACAUACCCCUAAACAUUUUGUGAAUCUAAGUCUGGUCUCAUUGAGGGGCAGUAUUUCAAUAUGAGUAGGAAAAUGAGAGUACCCCUAAACAUUUUUUUAAGAGGGGGGGAAAAACCACUGGAUAAAAAUCUCCUUAAAAUAAUAGAGAACCCUUCCCCCUCAAAAAAAUAAAGUAGCAACCAACCUCUUAUCACCAACACUGUUCCGCUUCCAGUUUGCUUGGAGGUGGAGGAAUUUGAACUUGAAAUUGCUACCCCACAAAAAUAAAUUGCGCUGUCUUCUUCAUUGAUUUCGUUGAUCCCAAGCUGAGCCUGGUUCUUAGAUGUUAAUUGAGACACUUUGAACUUUGUGCUGUUUAUGCAAUUGGGAGUGCACAAGGCUUCGUGGGUAUGCGCAAGAUAUCGAAACCACAGAAUGGUCGGAGUGGAUGUGGGGCAUCCCUGAGCAGAAAAAGUACACGGUAUAGCAAUAUAUUUUGAUGCAGGGUAGCCUUCCAUGAGUGGAGGUUGAGAUACUGUCACUUUGCAAAAGUUGGCACCUAUUGAGGAGGAUUAAACAUACCCUGAUGAGAAAGUCAAUCGAAAAAGGGUGAGGAGUCGGUUCUCUGCAUAUUACAGUUUAGGAGCUUGCUGUUACCUGUUAAUUGCAGUUUCCACAAGCCAUUUGAAGGCUCCAGUCAUCACUUCCACUAGUGUGACUUACAACCCAAUCCUGUGCAUUAUUCUGCAGAGAUAGAGGAGGAUUAGCUUCCCCCUGCCCCCGCUGUUUUUUUGGCCAUUUGCCUCACCCCACCCCUGCCCAAGCUUUUCUCAAAUAAAUCUGCUUCUGAUGCUUUCUGCAAGAGCUGUUAUUUUUAAAGCUUAAUGACAACAGAAAGGAUUAAGAGAGAGAGAGAGAAUUCCUUACCUGCAUAAUAUGUCACCCAGGUAAAUUGCAGCACCAGAAUCAGAACCCAUUGCUUGAACGUUGCCAUUUUGCCUGCAAAGUUUCCUCUGAAAGGGUUUCAGCUCAAGAAAGUGGAACUGAGGGGAACCCGAAGUGGAAACGGAAUGGGAAGCCCUUGUCAGUUACAGUUCUUCAUAUUGCACAACUGAGGAAGUUCCUAGCUCUGUAUUUACAUGAUGUAAAAUAAAGCAUAGGGUGUCUCUCUGUGCAACUAUUUUCGGCUUAUUUGCUGGGUGCUGUUUAGUAGCCACCCCUCAGGAACCUUUAAAAAUGGAGACGAAAGAAUUCUUUAACUAAAGUAAAAAGUAAAGAACCCCUGGAUGGUUAAGUCCAGCCAAAGGUGGCUAUGGGGUUGAGGCGCUCAUCUUGCUUUCAGGCCGAGAGAGUCGGCAUUUGUCCGCAGACAGCUUUCCGGGUCAUGUGGCCAGCGUGACUAAACCGCUUCUGGCACAGUGGAACAAACACCGUGAUGGAAACCAGAGUGCGCAGAAAUGCUGUUUACUUUCCCACCGCAGCGGUACCUAUUUAUCUACUUGCACUGGCGUGCUUUCGAACUGCUAGGUUGGCAAGAACAGAGCAACGGGAGCUCACUCCUUCACGGGGAUUCGAACCACUGACCUUCUGAUCGGCAAGCCCAAGAGGCUCAGUGCUUUAGACCAUAGCGCCACCCGCGUCCCAAAUUAUCCUUUCCUGAAAACAGUAGAUUCCUGUUGUUACAUCUGGUUCAAGCAAAUGGAAAAUGGGAAAGACACUCACAGAGUUGACAGAUUAUAAUCAUCAUGCUUUCUAUCCCAUCUUUCCUUCAAGGGGUGGGCACAGUUCCAACUACACCUUCCAUCCAGGGCCCCAGUGGUGCAAGGCAGUACAAUACUAUGGAGAGGGCCGUGUGAGCAACAGAGUUUAGGGUCACAUCCACACCAGGCAUCGAAAGUGCAUGGCUCCCCCCCGCCCCCCGUUUUUCCUCUCCGUCUCUCAUAGCACUAGAAUCUGAGAACAUCCAGCAAAGCUGAAUGUUGAAAGAAAGUGCAUGGUUAAGAUGGAAUUUGCAGUGGUGGUCGCCAAGCUGCAUGGCUUUUAAAAAACGGAUUAGACAAUCCUACUCUUAUCAGUACCAAUGCCGAUUUUAAUUUUGAGCUGGGAAAGAGGAGUACAUGGUUCACACCCGCUCCUCAGUUAAUCUCUGCGACGAUCCUAUGAGGUAGGUAAAGAGGCUGUGACUGUCCCAAGGUUAUCCAGUAAGCUCCAUGACGGAGUGGGGAUUUGAACCCUGAUCUCCUAGGUUCUAGUCUGACACUCUAAACCACUACACCACACUGGCUUCCUAGAGUUCUUCUGCUAUGGGGCAGCUAUAUAAAUUAAGCAGGUAAAUAUAUGUGGAAAGCAAUAUGUCUGAAAUACUUAAGGCCCCCAACCCUAUAGUUAUAAUUGUGGGUAGCCAUCUGAGUUUAUUUUGAUUUUAAUCUGAUUUUAAUCUGUAUUUCAGUCAAUUGCUGAAUUUAUAUUUUAAUGUAUUAUAUGUUAGCCGCCCUGAGCCCAGUUGUGGCCAGAGAGGGCAGGAUAUAAAUAAAAUUAUUUUAUUAUUAUUAUUAUUACUACUACUACUACUACUACUACUACCACUUAAAGCUUGAAUUUGUUUUAUUCUGGAUUGUUUUAUUUGAUGUCUUAAUGUGUUAUAAACUGCUUUGAGAUAUUUUCUUUAAAAUAUAAAGCGGUAUAGAAAUGAGAUUAAUCAUCAUCACUAUAUUAAAAAAAAGGCACCUAGACAUCCCAUUGUGGCAACCAUAACCUAGGUUUAAGGAGUUAGCAAUUAGCUUAUCUUUCUGAGUUUCUAACACUUGAGUUUCUUCGGGCUGCAGAAGUUUUACCGCCUCUGUCUUAAGUCUUCACAUGGUGGCUCAUAUGGUCUCCGCACUUCCUUUCUCUUGAAGAUUGGGAAUGAGGUGGCUCUCACCUAAACUGCUUAGCCACUUCCCUCACAGAAACCACACUGUGUGGUGAUGAAAGAACACUUUGAACAUUGGCAAUACCGAAGCAAAUUAGACUGAAGCAGGCAAUAGUUUUCAAGAGUCUUGAAAGUGGUUUGCGAGAGGUAUUGCUUCCCACGGUUUAUGUACUCAUUUUGUCCCACAAUUUGAAAAUAAACGUUUUGGAGUUUUGAAUUUACAUAUAUAUUUAAAUGCAGAAGCACACACAUAAAAGGAAAUAAAUUCAAGCAUUGGGGAAUAACUCGCCUACCUAUUGUUACAAGAAAGUAGAAUAAUUUGGAAGAAACCAAAUGGUUAAAAUUAUCUGGUACUUAUUACAAUAACAACUAAAAUAAAGGAGAAGUAUAUAUUUUUCUUUUUCUUUUUUUAUUGCUUUUCAUUAUAGACAAAAUGCAGUGCUCGUGACAAAACCACACCAAACACCCAACCCCGCCCCCCCCAAGUUACAGUCAUUAAAGAAAUAUGGAGAAUAGUAAUAAGAAGAUUUCAGGGAGACACACUGUUUAAUUAAUCAGUUUUGCAGUAUUGGGAUAAAGAAAAACACAGACAAGUGCAUAAAUGGUAAAAAGGGGGGGACCUCAUCAUGAGUUCCAAACUGAGUCAGAUUGCAGUGGGGAUUUAAUAUCAUUAUCUUUAAGGAAUUUGUAAACUGGAAAGGCAAACCAGGUUUUAAUAAAUUUAUCUGUUUUAGAAAUUCCAUCAAGUACUCUCAGUUUGUGCACAAGUUUUUCCAUAUACCCAUCAAUGUUUCAGCGAGGGGAAUUUGCAUUUCUUGACCUAAUAGGGAAAGGAGGUUUCUUUCUCUUGCUCCCAGUUUUUAGAAGAUGGAUUAAGAUUAUUCUCUUUCACCUUUGGAUGCUGUCUGGCUAUUUGGGAAGAGCUUGCUCUUGGCUUUAUGGCUCUUGGCUGCUCAUAGGAUUUGUCCAUUAUUGUUCUUGAUUUGUUGUUGUAAUUUCUGCCUUUCCUAAUGGAUUCGCAGCCUGCCUUGUUCAAGUCAUUAGGCCAAAAAGCAGGAUAAGUGAAACAGAUUUAAAUAAAGAUAAAUAACUAACGCGAACCCCAUGUGCUUUUUCAGUAGGUGGCAAGUGGGAUAAACCUUCCGAAGUUUUGGAAAUCAAAGGACAGACGUGGGAGGAACAGGUGAACAGCUUGCCAGAGGUUUUCAGGAAAGCUGGCUUUGCCAUAGAGGCGUUCACCAGACUGCCAUACUUAUGUGAAGGUGACAUGUAUAAUGACUACUACGUCUUAGAUGAUGCUGUCUUCGUCCUCAAACCAGUGUAAAUGUGUCUUCUGAGUCAAACCCAAGAAGCAGUCUGUGAAUGAAGCAUUUUGAUUUUGGGGUUUUUUCUCGGUUUUUAUUAAUUGCAGGAUGGGAGGAAAAACUAUUGUGGUUAUCCAUUCUAAAUCGACAUCAUGUAUGAAGUCUAAAGGUCAAAAUACUAAUUUCUUUGUAGUAUGUUUUGGAAGGGGGGGGAAGGAACUCUUUCUUUUUUUAAAAAAAGACAGAACUCUUCUGUUGAUGAUUUCUUAACCCCCAUGAUGCACCUGCAAUCCAACAAUAAAUCGAAGAUAUUUUUAUACCUAACUAUGGAUAAGGAUCAUGAUCCAGCCAUAGCCAGGAAGCUACAUAAACUGAUCCAGUGCAGCUGGUUUUUCAAGGACAUGCGAGAAUACUGGCAAUAAAGCUGUCCGUCCAGUAUUAAAACUGGAUUGAUUAUCAAGUGUUGGGAUGGAUUUUCUUCCAUGUUGAUGAAGUUAUUUUAUCUGUUGGUCUUCAGCACAUGUUUUUAAUCAUGCUAAUAAAACUUUUUUUGAGAUGACUCAUGUAUCCAGUCUUCAUUUAUGCAAACGGAGUCUUGUUUAGCUGUAGAUAACUUGGGUGUGUGCAUGUAAACAUAGGAAGUUGCCUUGUGGUCCGUAUCAUUCAGCACCGUAAACCCUUAACUUGCAACAACCUGGGAUGAACUCUUUCCCAGCUGCCUACAAUCCUUUAACACAGGUGGGGGACCUGUGGCCCUCCAGGUGCUGUUGGACUCCCAUCAGCCCCAGUCUGCUUGGCCAGUGGUCAGGGGUUAUGAGGAUUGUAGUUCAGAAACCACAGGUUCCCCACCUCUUUCCUUAGCAUGAAGUCUGGAGACAUAAUCUUCACCAGUCUGCAAAGCUUGGCUGCUCUGCCUGCGGAGUUAAAGCAUAUGAACAAACGAUACUGCCUUAUUCAGAAUCAGAUCGUAGGCUCAGAAGUCUAUUCUGACAUGCAACAGCAAACCAAGGUAGCAUGUAGGUGCUUUCCAGCCCAGUAAUAAUAAUAAUUUUAUUAUUUGUACCGCACCCAACUGGUUGGGUUGCCACAGCGCAGCUGGAGAUGUCAGGAAUUAAACCCAGGGUGUUUGUGCCCACAAAACAUGUGUACUGCUAUGGCCAAGGUUCUUGUUGCUAUGCAGUGAGAAACACACACAUAAGAUGCUGUUUCAUCACAAACCGAUGUGGAGAACUGAUUGCAAGCUUGGAAAGACGAGAAGCUGGCAUUGCAGAGAUUCAUCCAUCCCUGCAUGCAAAGCUGGGAAUUUCCCUGUUUUCCGUUUAUGAUUAAAAGACCUUGUUGGUUUUGUUGUUCAUUUGUUAGAAGUACAUUUGUCUUGUUAAGCGUUGUUCUCAUUAGUCCUGUUGCCAUGUGUUCUCAUUGUCAUGGACUGCUUGGCAUGGUUUGGCAGCUCCCGGCAGAGGAGGAGCAGAUGGUGAGGAGCUAGAGCAGGCACCCCCAAACUCAGGC